AGAAAAUUCACUGCAGGACAGGUUGAGUGCCCGCAUGCAGGAGGGGAGUCAGAUCCUGGCUAAGUGGGAGGACUGUAGGAGGCAGCUGGAAUUCAAACAGCAGAGCAAGGUGACCACGCCACGCCUCCUUCCAGACUUCACUUGGAGACAACAACAAAUUUGCAGACUUCCUCACCAAGGUCUUCAAGAAGAAGGUCAAACACACAAAGAAGUGGGAGAAGGAUGGAAAUGAGGAGGAACAGGAGGACAGUGAUGAACACUCCGAUGAAGAGUCUGACUGGGAUGAAAUGGAAAGUGAUGAAGAGUCUGAGAGUGGCUGUCCGCUGGAUGACAGCGUUUGCCCACCUUACUGUGACCCGGAACUGUUUGAGAACACCCUUCAGAUGCGAUUGUGGAAGUUGGACCUAGAGGAACUGAUUGCAGAGGAGAAGAAGAGUUGUGAUGCCUUGAGAAAAGAAUGUGAUGCACUAGCCAAGAAGGAGAAAAUUGUGCAAAGCAGCCUGAAGGCAGCAGAGGGCGACCUUGAGCUGUUUGACCGUGAGAAACAGCAGAAACUGAAUGAGCUGGAUGUUGUUGUUCCCCUCAGACUGCACCAGAUUGAGUUCCUGACCAAUGGAGUGUUGCCCAGUGAUCUGUCAGAUUCCCUGGUUCUGAAUACUAAGACUCUGCUGAGUCUGCAAGACCGGAUCCGGCAGCUACGUAGGAGAAGUCUGACCAGGGGGAGCUCUACCGGCAGGCCAAAUACCGCCACUACCAGCUAA